AUGCAAGGUCCACAUUGUUCAGUAUUUUUCGAUAAAAUAGCUUGUUGGCCUCCAACACGUCCUGGCAUAAUAGCAAAUCAAUCAUGUCCAAGAAAAUUUUUUACUUCUCCAAAUGUAAACGCUUAUGCUACUCGUUUAUGUACAAAUGACUCUAAAUGGGAAGAACGCGCGCAUUAUGAAUUAUGCAUAGGUUGCGAUUCAUCAUCUCAAGAUUCGAAUAAUACACUUCCCACCGUUUUAUUACCCAGUAUAUACAUAAUUGCCAGACGUUACUUUAUUGUAUGUGCAAAUUGUGUCUCAAUUGUUUUACUAGCAAUUGGAAUUUUUAUUUUAUUAGGAAAUAGUCGAUUACGUCAAUGUUCUCGAAAUCUUCUUCAUGUUAAUGUUUUUUUUGUAUUUCUAAUUCGUUCAAUAAUUCAAAUAAUUGCUGAAUUAGCAAUGAGUAAAGGCUAUUUUGCACAUAACGUAUUUCAACGUAUCGACUCUUGUAAUAGAACAACUGUUUAUUUCAAAACACAUGAAUUAGUGGACUGUAAAUUAUUUACUAUUUUAAUGAAUUAUAUCAAUAGUAGCGUAGCACAUUGGCUUGUAUUUUGUGAAGCUCUUUAUCUAUUUCGAUUAUUAAGAGCAAAAGCACACAAAGAUCGUGUUCGAUGGUAUAUUAUGAUCGGAUGGUUAGCACCACUAGUGCUUACAGCCGUUACAUAUACAAGCCGUUAUUUAACAAAAAUCGAUUUACUCUCGUGUUGGUUUGAGGCAUCUCGAUACGAUUGGAUUUUACAUGGACCAAAUAUUAUUUUACAAAUUUUCAAUUUUGUUAUAUUUAUCUACAUUUGUAUACUAUUAGCAAGAAAACUGAAUAAAACCUAUCGUACAUGUGCUUACGAUGAUAAAAAACGAUUUAGUAAAUAUAGUCGAUUAACUCGUUCAACAUUGAUAUUACUUCCUUUAUUCGGAAUUCACUAUUUUCUUUUCUCAUGGAACACAAAGCCAAUCUUAAAUUCAAAUUUACUUCUUAUUCAUCUUACGAUACAUACGAUACUUUCAUCACUUCAAGUAAGUGAUCCGGGUUUAAUGAUUGCCUUGAUAUAUACACUGAUUAAUUCUGAAGUUCAACGUGAAAUAUGUCGUAGUGUUGAUCGUUUUCUCGUCCAUCAUACUCCUGAUUGGCAACAACCAACAUAUUUUCGAAAUUAUAUUAACAAAUUGGAUGAUGAAAGAAUUUAUUCACUUGGUUACCAAUUAAAUAAUCAUAAUCGACCACAACAGUACUAUUCGAAACAUAGUGAUAGCAGUAGAAAAAAUUCAACAAAUGAACGAGAUCAUCCAUCAUCUAGUAUUAAAAAUUCAUUAUGUAACAAUGCUAACAAUGAUACAAAUACACCAUUUAUCACUAAAUCAACAUCGAAUAAUGGAACAAGAACUUGA